UCUAACCCGGUUUUUAUCACAAACAAAAGUCGGUCUAUUAAGAAUUUAAAAUAUAUUUAUUUAACAUAAAUAUUGUAAUUGAUCAAACAAAGUGGUAGAAUAUUAGAAAAUAAUUAUAAUCUAGGUCAAACAGGAAAAAAUAAAAGAAAAUGUUUCACAUUGCACACGACAUAGAUAAAAAACCACGGACAAAAGAUGUUAAAAUACAAGAGGAUAUUACAUUUUUUCAAAUGGGAUUUUCUCAAAAUAUUUUGGAUGGGUUAUCUGUUUGUGGUUUCCAAAAACCUUCACCUAUACAAUUAAAAGGAAUCCCUUUAGGAAGAUGUGGUUUUGGCUAUAAGUUAUUAACUUAUAUGUUAAUUACAGAUUUAAUAGUACGUGCCAAGUCUGGGACUGGUAAAACUUUAGUAUUUUGUAUAAUAUCACUUGAAAUGAUUGAUGUAAAUGUAUCGUCUGUACAAGUAUUAAUAUUGGCACCUACUAGAGAAAUUGCAGUACAAAUUGCACAAGUCUUUUCAUCUGUAGGUUGCGAAAUAAAAGGUUUGAAAGUUGAAGUAUUUAUAGGAGGAACAGCUAUAGAAAGUGAUAAAAAGAAAUUGAAUAAUUGUCAUAUAGCUGUCGGUGCCCCAGGCAGAAUUAGACACUUAAUUGAUAAAGGAUUUUUAAAAGUUGAAAAUGUUAGAUUAUUUAUUCUUGAUGAAGCAGAUAAAUUAAUGGAAAUAAGUUUUCAGAAAGAUAUUAACUACAUCUUUUCAAAAUUACCACUAAGUAAACAAGUUAUAGCAUCAAGUGCCACUUAUCCAGGAGAUUUGGAAGUAUUUUUACAGGCAUAUAUGUGCUCCCCUGUUUUAAUAUCUCCAGAUAAUAAUGAACCAAUACUUCUUGGACUCACGCAGUUUGUAACAAUUGUUCCUUCUCAUCCGAAUGCUAUGAAACAGAGCUCAAUCUGUAUGUAACAAAAUUAAUACUAUGGGUUUUAAAGCAACUUUUAUUGCUGGAAAUCAGGAUAUGAAUAAAAGACUGGAAGCAAUUAAUAAAUUAAAGACUUUUAAAUGUAAAAUAAUGGUAACAACUGAUUUAACUGCAAGAGGCAUUGAUGCAGAUAAUGUGAAUUUAGUUGUAAAUCUUGAUUUACCCAUAGAUGCACCAACAUAUUUACAUAGAAUAGGACGAGCAGGACGUUAUGGAUCUUAUGGGCUUUCCAUAACAAUAAUUGCAGAAAAUGAAUUAGAAAUAUUAGAACGAUUAUUAAACUCUGUUGGAGGCCCAAAUUUUUAUGUACUGAAACUUCCUUCAGAAUAUCCAAAUGAUAUAUGGACUGCUUCCAGUACAAAAUUUGAAAAAAUUUAUGCAAAGUAUGAUGAUGAUAAAAGUCAAUUUGAUAUUGAGCCUGUCACUGAAGCUAUAAGUGAAUUGUCUGUGAAUAGAGAAAUACACAAUAAUAUAAAGUCAGAAGUUAAUAAAACAGUAAAUGAUAUAAAUAAAGAAGUUGCAGAUAAUAAACAAUUUUCUAAUAUGGAAAAAGCAAAGAAUAAUAUAAUUAAUCUUUUCUGUUCAAGAAAUAUGCCUAACUUACAAAAUAAAAUAAAAGUUAAUUCUUUAUUUGUGCCAAGUAUUAAUUUAAUAAAUGAAUCUGAAAAUACUAAAAAAGAGGAGAAAGAGAGUAUAUCUACAUCAUAUAGUGAAUCUAAGCCGAAAGUUUUACAUAGUUUCACACUGGAUAUAUUGACAAAUAAUCUUUCUAAUUGGCAGAAAAAUAAUAAAAAUGUGAUAUUUAAAGUUGAUUUAUCAGAUAUACAAGGAGAUAAUUUAUCAAAUUCUAACACUGAUACAAUUAUUGAAUUCGUAAAGUAUAAUUUUCAAAAUAAAAAUACAAAAAAAUCUUCUCUUUAUUAUAAUUAUGUAAAUACUGAUUUACAUUCUGAGAAUACAAUGGAAAAUAAUAAAUAUAAUAAAAUUUACAAAAUAGAUGAUUCAAACAAGAAAAGUCAGGAAAAUAGUGAUGUUACAAUUAUCUCAAAUGAUGCUCAAGAUAGUGAAGAUACUUUUGUUUUAGAAGAACUGAACUUUUACCUUUUAAAAUAUAUACAAAAUUUUAAUACAUUUUAUGAUGAAUUGUGUUUAAACGACGAGGAAAUACUAUUAAAACAAGUAUUUAUUUGGAAACAAAAACUUGAUUUUGAAAUUAAAUUAUUAAAUAAUACAAUGGAAUCUGUAAAGAAAUCUAUACAAAAGUUCAUAUAUCAAAAACACAUUGAAAUGCUCAAGGUGUUUUACAAAGUACAAAAGCAAGCUCUCUUAUGUAUUUAUCCAGAAAUACGAAAUGAUGAUGAAAUAGAUGAUACUUAUUUAUAUUUUAGAACUUCUAUAGAUGAAAAUAUAUUAGAAAUAUAUAAAGAAAUAGAAAAUUUCAAAAGUUACCAUCGAAAAUGCAAAGAAAAAUUUAUUGCAUAUUUUCCAUAUCCUACUCAAUUAGAUUCAUAUAUGCCAAAUCUCAUGAUCUCUAAAACAGAUAGAAAAGAUUAUCUCAAUGCAUUACAGUAUUUACAUUCAAAUCCUUAUCCUAGAGAAAACUUGUUACAAAUAGUAAGUUUUGUCGCAUUUAUUGAUGAGACUAGAAAGUGUAAUUUAAUACAAAAAUUAGAGAGUUUAAAUAACUUUUCAUUUGAUAAAUUGUUGAUAGUAAUACAAACUGAAUUAUGUAAUAAGGAAUCAAAUAAAAAUAAACGUGAAGGACAAAAAGAUAAAUUAUUAGAACAUUCAGAUAUCAUAAAUCGAGAUAAAAGUAUUAAGUCAGAGAAUAAUGUUUUAUAUAAUUCAUUAUCUAAUAUGGAAAAUGUAACCACCGAAACAAAAAAUGUAACUGUAAAUGAUGAUAAAUGGGAUGAAACGAGUAACUGUAAUUCUGAUAAUUCUAAUAAUUCAGCAUCAAGUGAAUUAGGUUUGGAUAACAUUUUUAAAAUAGAAAAAAUUACACGUCGUGAAACUUGUAAUUUGAAUAGUAGCACAUCAAGCACUUUUUCUAGUGAAAAUGAUAUUGCUAAGGAACGUAAAUUCAAUGGAAAAGUAUAUGCAAAAAAUAAAUUUCGUAGACGGAAGAAGAUUCAAAAACAAGAAGAUAGUAUGAAAGACAAAGAACAAUUUAUGUAUAAAAAGGCAGAAAUUCAAUAUUCAAAUAAUACACCAAAUCAAAUUAGUAGAUUAUUUGAUAGUAGUGACACUUAUGAAAAACAAUGCAAGUCACAAACGCAAUCAGAUUCAUUAUCUAAAUCAAUGACAGAUUGUUUAAGUCCAUCUUUUAGAAAAACAAAUUUAGAUCUAAAAAAUAAUCGAAGUAAUGAAACACAAAGUUUUGUUUCUGUUCCUAGAUUUAAUGAACAUCAAAAGAACAAUUACUAUAAUUUUGUUCCUACAUCUCUAGCAAAAAAUAUUUCACAGAGACAUUUAAGUGAUACAUUUACAGUUGAUACAAUUGAUGUUUGUGAUACUAAUCAUUUACAACAGAAUUUAGAAAAAUCUGUAGAUACACAAUAUUAUAAUUCUUUUUACAAUUAUAUGCCAAGUGUUUCUUAUAUUAAUCAAAUGGAAGAUUAUGAAAGUAAUUGUAAUGGAAGAAAUGUACAUAAUUUUUCUAAUUUGCCAAAUGAAAAUAUUACUGAAGUGGAAAUUGAUAAAUUUUUAUUAUCAUUAAGAACUGAAACAAAUCGAUUGCAUUUAGAACUUUAUAAAUUAGAAAUGCUCCGUAAUUCGGGGAAGAGUUAAUUAAAAUUGAUAGUAUAAAAUAAUGUUUGUAAACAAUUGCACGCGUGCAAUAUACCUCUGUGUAUGUGUGUAUGUGCGCCCGCAUGUGUGCUGCUUAUUAUUAGUUAAAUUUUUUGACAAAUGAAUUUGUGAUUAAUUAAUGGUAAACUUUAUAUUAAAAAUAUACUGUAUUAAGAAUAUGCUAUAAAAAUUUUUUAUAAUAAUGUGAAGUGUUGUGUUUAUAAUAUUGAAAAAUGCAAUUCAUUAAUCCUUAUUCAUUUUUGUUUAUUCAUUGAUAUAUAGUUGAUUUUUAGUAGAAAUUACGAUAACUCUUAUAAAGUUGUCGAUUAUGAACAUAAUGUAUUUAAAAUUAUUACUUCCUAAAUUACAUUCGCGUUAUUUCAUAAUAAAUAUUCCUUAAAUACAGGUUGAAUUUAUUGCCGAGUAUGUUACGUAUAAAAUUAUUCGUACACUUUUUUUUCAUUUGAUAUUAAUAUUUUUAAAAUAUAUAAUCUAUAUAAUUCAUAAUAUUCUUUAUCUUAAAUCAAUUCAAAUAAUAUGUUUAUGUAAUUUAACAAAAUUGUUAAAUUUUGCAAACAUUGGUUUUUACAGAUUCUAAAUUAUAGGAAAAGGAUAAAUAAUAUGCACGUUAGUAGAAUUGUAAAUCAUGUAGUUUUCGCGAUAUGAGAAAUGUUAAAUAAUUUCAUUUACUCGAAUGUCAUGUGCUGAUUGUGAGUUAGAGGGAUCAGGUUUCUAAGGCGUUUCUUCAAGGGGAGCGGGAAGAAAAAAACCACCUUACGAAACUCGUCUCGUGAGAAUUUGGGGUACGCGUUUGUGUCCGUCCUUUAUUCGCAAAAUAAUCGUUUGAGCAGCCCGCCUAGUAUACUUCAGUCGGUUACCACGUGCUUUCGCGUGAAGGAGUCUCUUAAUCGUGUUCGCGGAUGUCGUAUAGUUAAUUGUUAAAUAUAUCAUAAUUAUUUUUUUUGUAGAUUACGUGCGUUCGUUUAUUUACGUUUAG